AAUGGAGCCAAAGAGCCCCCAAAAUAUUGGUGCAGAACAGCAUAGGAAGAUGAAUGAAAUCCUAGACCAAGAGCUAUGAUCUUGGAAAUAUCAACAGGAUGUAAAAACUCAGCCAGCCCCUCAUAAUUAUGGACCAACUCCUUUAGACGAAGCAAGUCCAAUUCUGAUUCACAAGUACAGUAAUCAGAAGCCGCACUUGGAUGAUCCAACUCUUUGAGAAGUGCUGGGACAAAUCUCAACACCAGAAAAUGCAGAUGCAUCAGAAUUAUUCCCACAAAAUAAUGAAAAUAAGGGAGAAUACCGGAUCAAUCGUCAGCUGUUGCAGGAUUAUAAAUCAUCAAUCAAGAAAGAGAGGAGCUCAAAUGAUUUAGAGAACUCUAUGAAUGACUCUCACAUGAGUAUCUCCCUAAUGCCUAAGAAUGAGGAAAGCAUCUCACCUACCGGGUAUAAGGAUGAGAAGCCGAAGCUGACCAUGAGCAUGCUUACCAAGGAUCAACCUGCAAGUUCAGGGUACUCCACUGAGAAGAAGCCUAAAAAGAACUCUACUUAUAGUAAAGUUCAGAAAGACCUCAAAUAAACUUAAGGCAAAGAUCAAGAGAUUUGAAAAUAAAUGUAGCAAGCAUUUGGAUGAGACAAACACUAAAGAUAUACACGAUAUUGAGGAAAAUUGCAUCCCUGAGUUAUCUGAAAAUGAUGAAACACAGCCAUUUGAAAGUCUCCAGAAAGACCAUAGUUAUGAAUUCAUUUCUUCUGAUGCUAAAGCCAUGACCUUUAACAAUGAUAAAAAUGACUUCAAAUAUAACCUAGAAUCUUCAGGAGAGAUAAGUUCUCGUAAGAGGUUUCUUAGGAAAGUUCCAACAGAGAGCAGCUUCAUGAAUCCAACUAAAAGUUCAAAGAAGAGAAGUAUUUCCAACAAGAAGAAAAUUAGGAAAGUUGUGAGAUCAAAGACCUAUCGAACACUAAGUUCUACAGAUUCUGACAACAGCUUCCAAGAAACGAGCAAGUUUAAGAAAGAGUCUCCUAGAAAGAAGAAGAUACCUCUCUCUAUAGAAAUCUCUUCAGACAGCGAAGAUAAAGAAAACAAGGCUACCUUUAGGAAUUACAGGGCUAUUCUAGAGGAUAGGAAGCGAAAAGAUCCCCAACACUCCUCAUCGAAGAGGAGAAGAGCUACUAUGAACAAGUCAAGAGCUACAGCUGUAGCAAACACAACUCUCAAUAAAUCCAGGUCAAAGUCAAAAAAAUCCUCAACUAAGCCGAUACGCUCUGAAUUCGAUUGCCUAAAAGCAGAAGUCACCAAGCUCAAAUAAAGAGCUUGAGAGAGCAAAUAAAAAGUGCAAGAAACUCAAAGAAUACAAGACCAAAAAUAAGGACCUGACAAAGGAAUUGAGGCUCACCAAAUCUUUGCUCAAGAAAUCCGAGAUGAUCAGAAAAAAGCAGAAGGAAGUCUUACUAAAGCACCAAGGAACUUGAUAGUUUAAAUAGUUAAGCCAACUUUUGGAUC